CUCUCGUCUCCCCUCUCUACUGUAUUGCACUUACAAAGAAAAGAAAAGAAAAGAAGAGGAAGAGAGAGAAACAAACUUCCAAAAAGGAAAGUUAGAAAAUAGAAAUAAAGAAGAGCGAGGCAUACAUAUUACAGCGGAAGCAAGCCAGUGGCUGCUGCCUGUGUCUGUGUGCGUGGCUGCAAGCGAAGCUAGAAAUGUUCUCUUCCCAGAAUUUUAUUCAUUAGCGAGCAGUGGUAUAAAUUUCUGCCCAGAAGAUAAACAAAAGGUUGCAACUUUUGCUUUCUUUAACCAGCAAUUUGACUUCCCCUUUUCUUGGGUUGUCCUAACUUGCAUGUUUUAGCUUCCCCUCACCCUCUGUAUUCCAUCUUUACACUGAAAGCUUGCGCCUUUUCCUAACUUCCGAAGCUUUCCUUUUGUUCCCCUUGCCUGGCUCCCUGCAGUUCAAUGGAGGAAAUUAAUUCCAGAGAUGGGUUUUAAGCGAACCAGCAAAAAGAAGUGGUUUUGCUGACAUGAAUCUUGCUCUUCACUUCAAAUGGUGAUGAUUCAUGAACUAAAAUGGAGCUCAGCAGAUCUACCGCCAUGGGAACCAGCUGCCUCAAAAAUCUCGUGCUACCCUUCUUCCUCUUCUUCUUCUCCUCCAUUAUUCCAGUGAUUCUCGCCGCUACAGACCCUGGCGACUUAGCUGUCCUCAAGGAAUUCAGGGAAGGGUUGGAGAAUCCGGAGCUUCUGGAAUGGCCCAAACCUGGCGGGGACGAAGACCCUUGUGGCCAGACGUGGAAACACGUCAUCUGUUCCGGUUCAAGGGUUACCCAGAUUCAAGUUCAGAGCAUGAGCUUGAAAGGCACUCUGCCACAGGACUUCAACAAGCUUGCCAUGCUGGACAAUUUGGGGCUACAGAGGAACCAAUUCACUGGGCCAUUGCCUUCCUUCAAGGGCUUGUCCAAGCUUAGGUACGCCUUUCUCGAUUACAACGGCUUCGAUUCGAUUCCCUCCGAUUUCUUCGAUGGCCUUGACAGUCUGGAAGUUCUGGCAUUGGAUGGGAACAAUUUCAAUGCUACCACUGGUUGGUCAAUCCCUAAAGGGUUGCUGAAUUCUGCACAGUUGGUCAAUUUUACAUGUACCAGCUGUAAUUUGGCUGGUCCGUUGCCUGAUUUCCUGGGGAGUUUUGUCUCUCUACAAAACUUGUUGCUUUCGGACAACAAUAUAACCGGUGAGCUUCCAGCAAGCUUCAAGGACAACACUGCUUUGCAAAUGCUGUGGUUGAAUGAUCAGAACGGCGAUGGAUUGACCGGUCCUAUUGAUGUGGUUGCAACAAUGGAAUCUGCUACCACUCUAUGGCUUCAUGGAAACCAGUUCACCGGUCCCAUCCCUGAUAGCAUUGGUAAUUUGACUAGCUUGAAGGAUCUAAAUCUCAAUGGUAAUCGACUUGUCGGGUUAGUCCCUUCUAGCUUAGCUGAUUUGCCAUUGCAAAAGCUGGAUUUGAAUAAUAAUAGGUUGAUGGGGCCUAUACCGAAGUUUAAAGCAGCUAAAGUUUCCUUCAGUUCAAAUUCAUUUUGUCAGUCUACAGCUGGAGUUCCAUGUGCUGAUGAAGUCAUGACACUCAUAGAGUUCCUCGAUGGUUUGAAUUACCCUUCCAGGCUAGUCUCUUCAUGGACUGGUAAUGAUCCGUGUUCUUCGUGGCUUGGGAUUCGCUGUAAUCCGAAUGGCAAAGUUGAUUCCAUUGUUCUGCCUAACUACAAUCUCAGUGGAAUUUUAAGCCCUUCAGUUGGUAAACUUGCUUCUCUUACUCAAAUCAAACUUGAAGGCAACAUUAUAACAGGCCCAUUACCAGAAAGCUGGACUAGCCUGCCAUCUCUAAAGACUUUGGACCUCAGUGGCAACAACAUCUCACCUCCAUUGCCAAAGUUCUCCACCACUGUCCAACUUCUAACCACUGGGAAUCCUCUGUUGGUUGAUGGUGGGAAGUCUGCUCCACGCAAAAAUCCAUCAUCUUCUCCCGAUUCUGGAUCAAAUGGAGGCUCCCACAAUGGUGGUUCCUCUUCUGAGCAAAAUGCCCCUAAGAGGUCCAUUCUAGUUGCAGUCUUAGCUCCUGUUGCGAGUGUAGCUUUCAUGGCCAUGCUAGCUAUCCCGCUUUCGAUAUAUUGUUACCGGAAGAGGAGAGGCACGUUCCAAGCUCCAAAUUCCCUCGUCGUUCAUCCAAGAGACCCAUCGGACUUGGACAACAACACAGUUAAGAUCGUGGUUGCUAACAAUGACAUCACCGGUGCAAGCUCUUCCACAAGAACAGCAAGCGGUGGUUCAAUGUACAGCAGCGGGUUUGGGGAUUCUCACGUCAUCGAGGCCGGGAACCUGGUGAUAUCGGUUCAAGUACUUCGUAAUGUGACGAAGAACUUUGCACCUGAGAACGAGCUAGGCCGUGGUGGGUUUGGAGUGGUGUAUAAAGGAGAGCUCGAUGAUGGGACCAAAAUAGCAGUGAAGAGAAUGGAGUCUGGUGUGAUUAGUAAUAAAGCAUUGGAUGAGUUUCAAUCCGAGAUUACAGUUCUUUCAAAGGUUAGGCACCGGCAUUUGGUGUCGUUGUUGGGGUAUUCUGUUGAAGGUAAUGAGAGGAUUCUUGUGUAUGAGUAUAUGCCACAGGGAGCUCUCAGCAGGCAUCUUUUCCAUUGGAAGAGCUUUCAGUUGGAGCCUCUUUCUUGGAAGAGGAGGCUGAAUGUUGCUUUAGAUGUUGCUAGAGGGAUCGAGUAUCUACAUACUCUGGCUCAUCAGAGCUUCAUACAUAGGGACCUUAAGUCUUCAAACAUAUUGCUCGCUGAUGAUUUUAGGGCGAAAAUUUCAGACUUUGGACUCGUGAAACUUGCUCCGGAUGGUGAGAAAUCUGUGGAGACUAGGCUUGCCGGGACUUUUGGAUACUUGGCACCUGAAUAUGCUGUGACUGGGAAAAUCACGACGAAGGUGGACGUGUUCAGCUUCGGUGUCGUCCUGAUGGAGAUGCUCACCGGAUUGGUAGCACUAGACGAAGACCGAUCAGAGGAAAAGCAGUACCUAGCAGCAUGGUUCUGGCACGUGAAAUCGGACAAGCAGAAGCUGAGAAAUGCCAUCGACCCAGCACUCGAACCAAACGACGAGACAUUCGAAAGCAUCUGGACGAUCGCAGAGCUCGCAGGCCACUGCACAGCAAGGGAACCCAGCCAAAGACCCGACAUGGGACACGCUGUCAAUGUGCUUGCACCCUUGGUCGAGAAAUGGAAGCCACUGGACGAUGACCCGGAAGAGUACUGUGGGAUUGACUACAGCCUGCCGCUCACUCAGAUGGUGAAAGGGUGGCAAGAGACUGAAGGCAAGGACAUGAGCUAUGUGGAUUUGGAAGACAGCAAAGGAAGCAUUCCGGCCAGGCCUACUGGGUUUGCAGAUUCUUUCACCUCUGCUGAUGGUCGAUGAAUGAGACUAGAGCUAUAUCAGUGGCUUCUUUUUGGUGUUUGGCCGUUUCAGUCUGUAGAUAGUUUGUGUUUUCUCUCUUGUUUUGUCCCCCACUUUUUGUGUAUCACUAUGUUUCAUGUAGUGUUUUGAAAUUUUUGUGAUGAAACUUCUCUAUGAUGUUUGGCAAUGCAGAUAGAGAAGAAGGGAUUGAAUUGAUGCAUUGUUGUUCCAUCAGCUUCUUAUCUCUGUUUGAUUGUGUGAGGUUCAUUUUAGAAUUGCUUUUACAACUGCGUGGGGACUGGGGAAGGAACAUAAAGCAGCAGCAAAACCAAGUAAAA